AUGGAAUCGACAACCAAGAAGGGCAUUGCUGUCCUCUGUUUUGCUCCUACAUUAAACACUGAUCCCAGUGCCAACUCAUGCAGUCAUUCUAGUCAUUCCAAAUACAUUUCACCAUUCAGGUGGUGGCAAGGCCAUUUCAUGUGCAUCGAUGACAAGACUCAUCAAGAGUCUAGCUUCAGACUCUUGGGAACACCUUGCUUGAAUCCACCACAACCGCAUGACUGUUGGAGAGAUGGUCCGCUCCCCGAUCUCAACUUCUGGUCUGUCAAAGUUGCCAGUAGUCAAACCAGCACAAGUCAUGAUAUCUCUACUGUCAUGUGCACUGGUGGUGAUGCAGUGCGAUUAUCAACCACAUUGGAUCCAGCAGUGUUUAACGAUAUAUCGGUCACAGACCACAAUCAUGGACAACCGCAGCUUCAAUUCACUACUCAGUUAGUGCAAGUAGACGACGAUGCUCUUCAAUCCAUCAAGAAAUACUUUGAACCGCUUGCUAAUCAAGACGAUGUGGUUCAUGGUGCGUUGGUUUGCAUUGGACACAUGGAGAUCACACUGUAG